CUAUUUCUCUCUCUCUCUCUAAACCAAGAGAGAAGAAAAUAAAGUAAAGUUGGAGCAGUCCCUUUUCCCACUCACUCAAAUCCAUAUACACACACACUCAUUCCAAACAGAUCCAUCCAUGGCCAUGGCCAAAGUUCACCCAAUUUCGGCUCUGUUCAUAAUUUGCUUCUCUUUAUCAGAACUGGCCAAUUUUGGCGCAGCUUCUGGUUCUGAAGAUGAGCUUAUAAAUCUCAAGAAACUGGCGAUGUUCGUGGACGAGCUGCCGCACCUGCCCACACUCCUCGGCUUCCAUGGCCGCAAUCCUCAGCAUCUCAAAAUCGGCAUGUUCCUCAAAACAUGGAAAUUUCACCGAGAUCUUCCCCCGACUCCUGUUUUUGCCUACGGUCUUUCCAAGGACUCAGCGACAGUUCCUGGCCCCACAAUCGAGGCUCGCCACGGCAUCUCCACGUAUGUCACGUGGCAAAAUCACCUCCCUUCAAAGCACAUUCUUUCUUGGGAUCCCACUAUUCCGACCGCCGUGCCUGCCGCCAACCACGGCGUCCCGACGGUGGUUCACCUCCACGGCGCCAUCGUUGAGCCGACCAGCGACGGCCAUGCCACCUCAUGGUUCACCAACGGCUUUAAAGACAAGGGACCCUCGUGGACCAACGAAACGUACCACUAUAACAAUCAGCAACACCCUGGCAACCUUUGGUACCAUGAUCAUGCCAUGGGGCUGACUAGAGUCAACCUUCUCGCUGGCCUGAUCGGAGCCUACGUAAUCCGCGACCCCCCUGUCGAGGACCCGCUCCGACUCCCCUGCGGUCGUGAAUUCGACCGGUCGUUGCUCGUAUUCGAUCGAAGUUUUCUCUCUAAUGGUUCAAUCUUUAUGAAUUCUACUGGUAACAAUCCUUCCAUACACCCACAAUGGCAACCUGAAUACUUUGGUGAUGUUGUUGUGGUCAACGGCAAAGCAUGGCCACGUAUGACGGUUCGACGUCGUAAGUACCGAUUCCGCAUCAUCAAUGCUAGCAAUGCUAGAUUCUUCAGAUUCUUCUUCACCAACGGCCUAAGAUUCGAACAAGUGGCAUCUGACUCGGCCUACCUGGCGAAACCCGUAGCAUCGAAGGCAAUCCUACUGGCACCAUCUGAGAUUGCUGACGUGGUGAUUGACUUUUCAGAGUCAAAGGAGAACUCUGUCAUCCUAGCCAAUGAUGCAGCCUACCCUUAUCCAUCGGGAGACCCCGUCAAUGAAGCCAACAGCAAAGUAAUGAAAUUUUAUAUUUUAGAAAACAAAGAAGUCGAAACGCAGCGAGUUCCUAAGAAACUAAUAGAAUACCCAAAACCAAAACUAUCUAGUGCAUCAUACACUCGAUACAUCGCCAUGUACGAAUACACAAGCGACAUCGACGAGCCAACCCAUCUGUACAUAAAUGGAAAACCGUACGAGGCACCAGUGACAGAGAGGCCAAAGGUAGGCAGCACAGAGAUAUGGUAUGUGAUCAAUCUAACAGAGGAUAAUCAUCCGUUACACAUUCAUGUCGGGCUACUAUCCGCACUGGAUCAAACCGAGCUGGUUCAGCUGGAAGAGUUCAAGGAUUGCAUGAUGAAGAAGAAUGACGCAGUGAAGUGCAAAAUCGAAGAACAUGCACGUGGAAAAAGAAUAAAGGUAGAGAACCAUGAGAAAGGGUGGAAGAACGUGUACAAGAUGAUGCCUGGAUAUGUGACAAAGAUUCUGGUGAGAUUUUCCAACAUACACUCGAACGCAUCGUACCCAUUCGACGCAACUGCAGAACCCGGCUACGUGUACCAUUGCCAUAUACUGGAUCAUGAAGACAAUGUGAUGAUGAGACCAUUGAAGCUAGUUGAAUGAGAAGAGUCUAUGGCAGACGAGGUCGCUACCCGACCCAACUCGACUCAACACAAAUGAACUAUUUGAACCUUGGCUUAUUAAUUAACUUCUGUUUUUCUUUGUAUACUGCCCCUCCAGUCUCCAAUAAACAUAAUAGAAAGCCAAAGAAAAUGGCGUCUGCAAUUCACAGAAA